GCGGGACGGAGCCCCGCGCGGGGAGCGGGCACCAUGGUGCUGUCGGUGCCUGUGAUCGCGCUGGGCGCCACGCUGGGCACGGCCACCAGCAUCCUCGCGCUGUGCGGGGUCACCUGCCUGUGCCGCCACAUGCACCCCAAGAAGGGGCUGCUGCAGCGGGACCGGGAGCCCGACCCCGAGAAGGCGAGGCCCGGCGUGCUGCGGUCCGCCCAACAGUUCAAUGUUAAGAAGUCCACAGAGCCCGUCCAGCCCCGAGCCCUCCUCAAGUUCCCAGACAUCUAUGGCCCCAGGCCAUCUGUGACGGCUCCAGAGGUGAUCAACUAUGCAGACUACACGCUGGGGACCACAGAGGAGCCUGCUGCACCCGUCAGCCCUCAGGCACCAAGUGACAGCCGCCUCAAUAAACAGGUCACAGAGGAGCUGUUCAUCCUUCCUCAGAAUGGUGUGGUGGAGGACGUCUGCGUCAUGGAGACCUGGAACCCAGAGAAGGCUGCCAGCUGGAACCAGGCCCCAAAACUCCACUACUGCCUGAACUAUGACCAGAAGAAGGCUGAACUGUUUGUGACUCACCUGGAAGCUGUGACCAGUGACCACGACGGAGGCUGUGACUGCUAUGUCCAAGGCAGUUUGGCCAUCAGGACGGGCUCCGUGGAGGCACAGACAGCCCUGAAGAAGCGGCAGCAGCUCACCACCUGGGAGGAGGGCCUGGCGCUGCCCCUGGCGGAGGAGGAGCUCCCCACAGCCACCUUGACGCUCACCCUGAGGACCUGUGACCGCUUCUCCCGCCACAGCGUGGCUGGGGAGCUCUGCCUGGGCCUGGAUGGGGUGUCAGUGCCUCUGGGGGCCGCGCAGUGGGGUGAGCUGAAGACUUCAGUGAAGGAGCCAUCCACAGGAACAGGAGAGGUCCUUCUGUCCAUCAGUUACCUUCCAGCAGCCAACCGGCUUCUGGUGGUGCUGAUCAAAGCCAAGAAUCUCCAUUCCAACCAAUCCAAGGAGCUGCUGGGCAAGGAUGUCUCUGUCAAGGUGACCUUGAAGCACCAAGCACAAAAGCUGAAGAAGAAGCAGACAAAACGCGCCAAACACAAAAUCAACCCAGUGUGGAAUGAGAUGAUCAUGUUUGAGCUGCCUGACGACCUGCUGCAGGCCUCCAGUGUGGAGCUGGAGGUGCUGGGUCAGGACGAGGCGGGGCGGAGCUGUGCACUUGGCCACUGCAGCCUGGGUCUGCACACCUCGGGCUCCGAGCGCAGCCACUGGGAGGAAAUGCUCAAAAACCCACGCCGGCAGAUAGCCAUGUGGCACCAGCUGCAUCUGUAGCUAGCCACUGGCCCACUUCCCUUCUCGGGCACAGCCCGUCCUCCAGCCCCAGCUGCCCUCCGCCAUCUCCUCCUUGUGCCCCGUCCUCAUUUUGACACCCGAAGACAGAGACAGAGACAAAUGUGUUGGCCAAGGUCAUGAUCCUGUUCCUCUCUCAUC